GUGUGUCAUAAUUUGCGUCUAGUUCCUUGUCGGUACCUUAGUCUUUCCAGUUUGUCCUCGGUAGAUCAAAACAUUUCCUCCUAGAACGCUCUCAUAUGUUAUUCAGACAUCCUCAAAAAUAGCUUUAAAAAGUCGGAGAAACUACUUCAGGUGUAAGAAAUUGCUGGAUGAUGGCUUUUCGGAUUUUAUUCCCUGCUCUCUUUUUUGUCUUCGGUUUGGCAACAAUUUUCGGCCAGACUACACCUGGGGGAGAAUGUGAGACGAAAAAUGGGACAAACUGUGAGGAAUGUCUGAAAAAUGUGACGUGUUUGUGGUGCAUCAAAACGAAGACAUGUAUAACAUAUCCAGUGCAGACCCUCCUUCCACCCCAUGCACUCUGCCCACUGAAUGAUGCACGCUGGGGACUCUGCUGGAUGAACUUCCAGACACUGAUAAUCACCAUGGCAGUGAUCGGUGGGGUUAUCAUCAUUGCCCUGAUGGUCUGCAUGUUCUGCUGCUGCAAGUGUGAGAACUUUGGAUCCAAAAGAUUUGAGGCCAGGAUGCAGAGACAAGACAAUAAGUUGAAGACCAAGCAGGAAGAAAGGAGGGCUGAGAUGAAACAGAAACAUCAGGAAAUCAGACAGAAAUAUGGUCUAAGUGGACAAAAUCCAUACUCCAGAUUUGCAUGAGAUCAGUGAGCUCGGAUAUACCACAGACACAGCCGACUAUCCACAGCCUGUCUUCAGGUUGGGAGAAUAUAUAUGACAUAAUAAUGAAUGUAAACUAUACUGAAAUCAUUCUGCAGAUUAACACUUUUCACUUAAUGUAAGCUGUUUAGUAAUGACCCAAGAGGCUGGGACCAGAGGUUGUAAUCUUCUCCAAAGCUACAGCCAUCUAUGCUGUGGCACAAUCUACUCAUACUAUUAAUUAUGUCUAAUUUAAUUCUGCAGAAUGGGGAGAUGUUAGUUUGGUAGCUGAACAACUCUUUCCUUUUAGAAAAUCUAUUUUAACUAAACAUUUUCAGAUUGUUUUUACUUCUUAAUUGCUGCUGGUUUUAGAGACGAACAAAAGAUUUAAAACUUUUCUUUUGUAUAUUGUAAAAUUCUUGUUUCAAACUUCUGAAGGUGUUUUGUUUUAUUGCUGCAUUUUAAACUAACAGAAUUUCCUUUUUAACACUGUCUAACAUUAUUUGCUAAAUAUAUUCAUACAUCCAUGUGAAAGCUUCAUCCUUGAUGGAUAUAUAAAGUAAUAAAUUAAAUUUCACCUAAAUAUGUUGUUGCACAUGUACCCAGUGAAGAUGCAUAAUAAAGCCUUGAGACUAAA